AGUCUCCUUGGAGAGAAAGGAUCUUCGGAUAGACUAGCUGAGGAACUCUCCCCUCAGGGGCCUAAAGGCCAGUACCGUACUGGAAUGUCCAGGAGUGACCUCAUAAAGCAAGGAUUCUCUUCGUGGACACUGCUCUGCAGCCUCUUGGAAUCUAGUUGCCCAAGAAAUCCCUAAGCAGAGAUUUUCUGUUGGAUGAUAAAAGCAAGGAAUAAAAGUUGAACAUUUGGAAAAUGUCUCAACACUUUCAUCACCAGAACCAAACGAGAGUCAUUUCUAGUUCGCUGUUAGAUAAUGCAUCGGAGAUGUUCUGUGCAAGAUUCAGGAAACUUCAGAGGAAAGAUACUCAGUGUCAGGCAUUUGUGAAGAGAAUCGUAAUGAGCCGUCUCUUUAAGAUAAUUAUGAUUAGCACUAUUUCAAUGAAUGCGUUUUCUCUGGUCUUGUGGACUGAUUAUAAAACAAGAUACAAAUUGUUCACACUUUAUGAGGUCUCAGAGCUCAUUUUUGUGUCCAUCUAUAGCUCCGAGUUCUGCAUGAAGCUCUACGUGGACCCCAUCAACUACUGGAAGGAUGGCUACAACCUGCUAGAUGUGAUCAUUAUCAUCACUGUCUUCAUUCCCUACAGUCUCCACAAGAUCAAGGGCAAGCACUACCCCUACCUCCACAUUGCUGAUGGCAUACAGUCCCUGCGCAUUCUCAAGCUCAUCACCUAUAGCCGUGGCAUCCGGACGCUCAUCACUGCUGUGGGGCAGACAGCCUACACCGUGGCCUCCGUACUCAUCCUGCUCUUCGUCCUGAUGUACAUCUUCGCUAUCUUGGGCUUCUGCCUAUUUGGAGCUCCAGACAGGGGUGACCUGAACAACUGGGGGAACCUGGCUGUGGCCUUCUUUACUCUCUUCAGCUUGGCCACGGUUGAUGGCUGGACAGAUCUGCAGCAGCAGCUGGACGACCGGAAUUUUGCUCUGAGCCGGACAUUCACCAUCAUCUUCAUCUUGCUUGCCUCCUUCGUCUUCCUCAGCAUGUUCGUGGGUGUGAUGAUCAUCCACACUGAGGACUCCAUCAAAAAGUUUAAGCGGGAGCUGAUGGUGGAGAGGCACGUGACACUCAUGGAAGAGAAGCAGGUGAUUCUGAAGCGGCAACAGGAGGAGGUCAGCAGGCUGAUGCAGACACGGAAAAAUGUUGACUACAAAAGUUUCAGUGAGCUGGUGGAGAUUUUCAAGAAGACCCUGCGGCACACUGACCCCAUGGUCUUGGAUGAUUUUGGCACUAGCCUACCCUUCAUCGACGUCUACUUGUCCACUCUAGACAACCAAGACACUACGAUCUACAAGCUUCAAGAGCUGUACUAUGAGAUCGUGCAUGUGCUGAGCCUGAUGCUCGAAGUCUUGCCCCAGAAGGAGCAGUCCCAGUCCUCAGAAAAGGUCGAUGAGAAGUAGCUGGACAUGGGUAUCCAGGCAUUGAGAGCCUUGCAGACUGUGACAGGCCCCCCCAAU